AUGGUCAUUGGUCGUCUUAGAAACAAUGCAGCAUCCAACACCACCGGGUCUCCAAUUAUCACACGAAAUGUUAGAGAAGAGAAGGUUGGAGUGAAGCUUCAAGUUCGAAAGUGGACUGAAGACGACUCGGGCAGCCUUGCCAAUUCCGGACUGGACGGCUUUGGACCCUUUUCACAUGUCGUUCCGCUCCGUCUUCUUUGUCGUCUGUCGUUUGGAGAUGCUGUUUCACCGAAUGCUGUUGAGUCGACAACACAUGUGUGUAACGGAGUGCAAGCGACGAGUGUCAACUUACACGACCUCUACCUAUCAAUUCCUCUGACACAUCACAUGAUUGCUGGCGGAUGCCUGACCACUUUCGUCUCGGGCAUUGUCUUUCUUGAGACGUCGAGAAUUAGCGCAGACUCGGCUGGCCUCGGAGUAAUCUCGACGGAAAUGCUCUCAGCUGUUCUUUCCAGGGCUGGCGAUUACCGUUACAAAUCCAAAUCCGGUCUAACUCAAAGCAAGAGCCAAGUGAAAAAUAUCGAUAGUAAUGGUAGCAGUCAUGGAAACCACGACUGCGCGAUGGCUCUUUCUCUCUCGCUGGUCCUUGGCCAAAUCUAG